GGUAUUUCGGUAACUUAAUUUUUGCCAUUAUUGCUCAAAUGUUUUGCGGAAAUCAUCUUAAUAUGUCAUUUUUCACUCUCUCGGAUGUAGCUUUAAGGUCUUAAAUGCGCAGAAAUGAUCAAUUCUUAAUGGCACACAACUCUUAAUUAUUUAACACUCAUUUGCAUGCCAAUUUCUUUGUAUUUGAUAUAUUCUGUUAUGUAGAUUCUGCUCUCUAUAACAUCGCACUGUUAACGAUGGCUGAUGAUGUGGACAACAAUUCAAGCGCGGAGCUCACGAAUACUUCUUUGUUGCUUGCUUCCUUUAGCCUGACGGAAGGAGUGGCUUGGUGUAGUGCCUUUGCUGUAGUUUCUUUCUUCAUUGUCGCAGGAAACGUCCUUGCAGUCAUAGUUUUUGCUUUGAACAAAAAUCUUCGUAAGAAGAGCUUCCUCCUGGUUAUAAAUAUGGCAUGUGCGGAUUUAAUGCUGGGAGCCCUGUCCUUGCCUCUCUUUAUUUAUCAACUUGGAGGUGAUUUUGAGCUGUGGCCAAAACAGUGGAAUUUCUCUUUGAACUUGUUUUAUAGGGUUAUCGAUACAGUUUGUGCUCAGUCAUCAAUAAUUACGGCCGCAUUCAUUGCCAUAGAGAGGUUUUACGCUACGGCAUGGCCACUUAAACAUCGAUCCAGAGCCCGUCGACGUGCGUAUUACAUCUUAAUUUUUCUGACCUGGCUGUUAUCUAUAGCUCUAUCAGCUGCAAUUAUUGGUUCUUUGUACAAGUCAGUUAACGUAGCGGUUGUGAUAUGGGUGUCGUAUGCGUCCAUCUUAACCCUAACUAUAAGUGGCUGUUACAUCGGCAUUUGGACAAACUUUACGCAAGGGAGAAAAGGUAUACGAGGUGAUAGCAGUGGAAAAUCUCAAAACAAGCGAUCAACAAAGACAUUGUUGCUGAUAACUGCCAUAGCGUUGCUGUCGUGGCUGCCCUUGAUAAUAACUAACACGGUCUCAGUUUAUAUUCCGGUGGAUAAACACAUUGUGCUCACUGUUAAUCUUCUUAACUUCUGCAACUCAUUUGCCAAUCCUGUUCUUUACUCGCUAAGGAUUCCCGAGUUUAGAAAAGCUCUGUGCUUAAGAGAAAGAUCUAUAGGAAAGGGUAAAGUAGCUCGGCUUGCUGUUACCACCACGGCCAUCCACCUGCACGUGGCUUUCAAACAAGUGGUUGAUGUCAGCGGGCUUCUUAACCACAAGGAAAACAAUGAGGAAGAAACGGAGACUGAAUUCAGAAGCUGA